AGCGAGUUCUUGCAUAACGUACUGACCCGCCAGUGGACGCUCAGCACUAGUCAAACGCCGCACACCCAGCAGACACAGGUGCCGGACCCUAAUUAUCCCAGUUUUAGUGAGAAAUUGUGUCCGGGAGGCGGUUUCGGGCCGGUAUCUGACACGGGAUAUGGCGUCUCCUACAUGUUCCCAAACAACAAUCGCAUGUUUUUUCACAUCUCAUCCAAGAAGUCGUGUCCGACAACCGAUUCCUCACGUUUCGCUAAUUAUCUCAAUGACUGCGCGCAACAAAUCCGGACUCUGUUUGACAGCUAAUUGUGAUAUUCAAACAAAAAACGGCUAAACCUUCGACUCCUGGACUAUAUAUAUAUUCUGGGCUCACAUGUAGGGCUCAUUCGGUGCUCUCCUUAUUUAAAACUAUAAAUUAUUUAAUUCCUAAUAUAUUUUUUUGUAUAAUUAAUAAUAAAAUUAUUUAAUUCAAAAUA